AUGAAGUGGAUGUCGAAGCUGUACGCGAAGUCGAGCCGGCAGGUGGAAAUAAUCGAGGAAACCAUGCCGGACAUUGGAGAGACGAAGGAGUUCAAAGCGACGGUGACGCGCGAGAGCUUCCAGAAGGAGCUGGCUCGGUCGAAGGCUUUGGACGCGUUCUACGAAUUGAUUCGGAAGCUGAUCGACGUGCUGGAAGCGUAUCAUCUCAAAGCGGACUCGCUGGUGACCACGUCUCCCAUCGUCGAGCUCGACGAGCUCCGUCUCUUCAUCCCCGCCUCCCUGCGCAGCCUCGCGAGCGACACGCGCGUGAAGGCGCAGCUGGAGCCUGGCUUCGUCGCGGCGGGCGCGCUGCUGCUGCAGGAUCUCAUUCAGAAGCAGAGCAUCGCGGUGGACCCCGCGUUCUACGGAUCGAUCUUCUGGCCCUCGGCGGAGCUGCGCGCCGCCAACGACGCGGCGUGGAAGAUCUCGGGCGUCAUGAAGCUGAGCCACACCAAGACGGACGUCCCCGCGGUUACCGAGCUGCCCGCCGAGGCGCUGCAGGCGCUGCGCGGGCAGACGGACGCGUUCGUGGCCGCGCAGGUCGACGUGGAGGCGCGGCGCGACGAGGUGCAGAAGCAGCGCGCGGAGCUCUGGGGACACUACGAGCGCGUCGCGAAGAAUCUGGGCACGCUCCAGGACUACGCAGAAAAACAACUCAAACUCGCACACAACGCCAGAGCUGCGGAGGCGAGUGCUGCUCCUACGGAAGGAACUGCUGAAGGAACUGCGGAGGCUGCUCCUGCUUCUACAGAGGCUCCUGCUGCUGCUACUGAGGCUCCUGCUGCUGCUACUGAGGCUUCUGCGGAAGGAACGGGGGCUGCAGAGGGUGCGAGUGCGACGGAGCCGCGACUGGCCGAUGUGAGGAGGAAGCUGAAGGAGAUUCGGAAGAAUAUUGAGGACGACACGCUUAUGUUCGGGUCGCCGGAGAACAUGAAGAAUUUGUUGGUGGAACUGGAGAACUGCAACCAGGAAUUGCUGAGAUUCGGAUCGUCGGUGCCUACUGUGGCGCUAGAUGCAACGCCGGUCAUACCACCUAUAAUCCCUAUGGAAGUGGAGAAACCGCCACAGAAGAAGCGCCGUGGUUGCUGCAAGGGAAAAUCAGAUGUGGCUCCAAGAGGACCCGAUAAUUAGAGAUUGUGU